UCACUUUUCACAGGUCGCCUUUCUCAAGCUGUAACUGUCAUUUAUUACAGACACCACUGACCAUGGUUUUUCAUGUUAGGUUGUCUUGUUCCCCAUGGACCAUAGAUUCUCCAUUUCUUGAAUUUCUUCUGUACAAGUAAUUGCUUUACCCCUCCUUUGUCUUUCUUACAAUGGGUUUUCUCUGGCCUUUUGGUUUUCAAUUUGCCUUUCUCUUCCUCAGUCAUGGACACCCAUUUUAGUAGAACUACCAAAGGUUCUCAAUAUGGAAUCCUGCACUUUAGGAAAAAGUUCAUUUUUUUUUUGGAUGCUUCGUGAGAAAUUUUGGUUCUUGAUUCUUCUGAGUUCUUAAGCAUGCUUAAUUAGUAGUUCAUAGAGUUCGUUAAAAGAUUGGUUGUUAGCCUCUCAAAAUAGAAAGGAAAUUGCAGGGAAAGAGAGGUCUGUUGCAUAAGUAGAAAGUAAGUUGUAUAGUGACUAAUGGUAUAUUCAGAUUCUUCUUUUCAGCUAGCUUUCAUGGUGGAAAAAGCAAAAAAACAUGGAAAUGCAAAGUGAUGUGCUUUCUAGAAAUUAUGCAUGCAGAGGAGUUUUACUUUGAAAAGUUGUGAUUUUGAAACAUUUUGAAGCCCAACAAACGAAGGAAAGGAGUGAAGGACGGUAAAGAUAGAAGUAUGCCAACAGUUUGGUUCACUUUGAAGAGAUCUCUACAUUGCAAGUCAGAGCCAUCAGAAGUUCAUGACCCAAAAUCCACAAAGCAUUUGAGUACAAUCUUGACAAGAAAAGCAGGAAGGUCAGGGUGUUCAAGGUCCAUAGCAAAUCUCAAAGAUGUCAUACAUGGAAGCAAAAGACACAUGGAGAAGCCACCAAGUUGUAGUCCAAGAUCCAUUGGAAGCAGUGAGUUUCUUAACCCAAUUACCCAUGAAGUUAUUUUAAGUAACUCGAGGUGCGAGCUCAAAAUCACUGGUUUUGGUGGGUUCCAAGAAGGGGUUGGUACUGGUGUUAGUCAUGGCAACAACCAUAAUGGUGUUAGUGGUGGUAGUAACGGUGGUGUUGGUUCAACUUUUGUCGGUACUUUAAGGCCAGGUACUCCAGGACCUGGAGGACAUCCUACAAUGCAUUAUUUCAACCCUUCAUUUAGGAACGCAGCAACUCCUCCAAGAAAAUCUCCUUUUCUUUCAUCAGACAGAGAAGGGUCUGGAUUUGGAGGUUCUGGUAUAUUUGGUUCUGGUGCACAUUCAAGCAGUAGGGUCUCUCUUGAGACAGAUUUUAAUGGUUCUUCUACAAUCACUUGCCAUAAAUGUGGAGAACAGUUUACCAAAUGGGAAGCUGCUGAAGAUCAUCAUCUCUCCAAGCAUGCUGUCACUGAACUUGUGGAAGGGGACUCAUCAAGAAAAAUUGUAGAAAUCAUAUGUCGAACGAGCUGGUUAAAGAGUGAAAACCAUUGUGGUCGAAUAGAAAGAGUGUUGAAGGUUCACAAUAUGCAAAAAACUCUGGCCCGAUUCGAAGAGUAUAGAGAGACGGUGAAAAUUAAAGCCAGCAAGCUCCCGAAGAAACAUUCUCGGUGCAUAGCUGAUGGGAAUGAGCUUUUGAGGUUUUAUGGCACGACUGUUGCAUGCUCUCUUGGCAUAAACGGUUCUUCAAGUCUGUGUAUAUCUGAAAAAUGCCGUGUUUGUCGAAUUAUUAGAAAUGGUUUUUCUGCCAAAAAGGAGCUUAAAGGUGGAGUAGGUGUGUUCACAACUUCCACCAGUGGAAGAGCUUUCGAGUCUAUUGAAAUAUUUGAAGAUGAUCCAUCUACAAGGAAAGCUUUGAUAGUAUGCAGAGUGAUUGCUGGGAGGGUUCAUAGGCCUUUGGAGAAUAUACAAGAAAUAUCUGGCCAAACAGGGUUUGAUUCUCUGGCAGGGAAAGUCGGUCUCUAUUCCAAUAUUGAGGAGCUUUAUCUGCUCAACCCUAGAGCCCUGCUUCCUUGCUUUGUAGUAAUCUGCAAAUCCUGAAGAAAGAAAGGAAAAUGCUACACUACAUCAUGAAGUCAUGUGAAUCCCUUUUACACCUUUGUUUAGAGGAAAUUUUCUUGAAUCUUAUGUUUUGAAGAAUUAUGAUUCUUCUUUCAAGGCUAUAUCCCUUGUUAGUAUAUCAAAUUUUAUGAUUCAUAGUUUA